UAACAACAUGAGUGUGGGUGAGCUUUGGCUGCGUCUGCUGAGGUAUUACAGCUUAGAGUUUGAUGCCCCAAAUACCGUUGUUUCCAUUCGCAGCAACCAGGAAAUCCCACGCACCACUAAACCUUGGAACAACAAAAAACUUGCAGUUGAGGAUCCUUAUAUGCUGAAAAAGAACGUCACUCGCACUGUCGGUAAUUCCCACCUGUAUGAGUAUUGGCAGGAUUCCAUACGUAGAGCCCUCCGUUAUUUUGGCUUGCCGAGGACCUCAGCAGAGAAAAUUUUCAUUCCUGUGCAAGAACAUAAGAAAGUGGCACUGAAAAGAACAUCUCAGCGACUUGAAUUGAGAGAACAAGACAAAGAAAGUUCUGUAGGUAGUUGUGUUCAUGACAGCAGGGUGAAAAUAGUAGACAGUGUUAACGCGGAGUCAGUUGAUAGUAACAAGAGAGAUUCACCUGAUAAAAAGGAGAAACCAAUUGAAAAAGAUUGCAACAGCCCUGUAGUCAUAGCACCAAACCCUCUUCUAUUAGGCCGAGUAAUCCACCCCAGUAAAGGUCCAAUUCUGAUGUGUACAUUCUGUGACAAAGAAGGCCAUCUGAAGAAUGACUGUCCAGACAAUAAUUUGCCUGAGGUUGAUACGCUGCCACCACUGACCCCCUUUCACAUUACAGUUCUUUCUGAAACCCUCAGCAAAGUACCAGCUGAGGUCGGUUUGAGUGGGGAGCGUUUGGUAGAGAGGGAAGUCUUUAUGAGAGGGUUAGAGGAGUUCAUUCAAGUUCAGUUUACAGAUGCUAAGUUGUCACUGUUUGGGUCUUCCUGUAAUGGGUUUGGCUUUGAUAAGAGUGACAUGGAUAUAUGCCUUACGUUUACCCAGAGAAAGAUUGGGGACAAGGUCAUGGUCAUUGAGUCCCUUGCCAGGAAGAUGAAACAGCAUUUGGAUCUCACAAAUGUACAAGCCAUUCCAACAGCCAAAGUGCCUAUUGUUAAAUUUACUGUUAAAAAAACUGGCCUGGAAGGGGACAUCAGUCUCUACAAUACACUGGCGGAGCAAAACACAAAAUUAUUGCUCUGUUACAACAAAAUUGAUCCUCGAGUGAACACACUGGGCUAUGCAAUCAAGACAUUUGCCAAGGUUUGUGAUAUCGGAGAUGCUUCCAGAGGCAGCCUCUCUUCCUACGCUUACAUCCUCAUGAUGUUGUACUACUUGCAGCAAGUAGAGCCUCCUGUUAUUCCAGUUCUGCAAGAGCUGUACAGAGGGGACAAGAAGCCACAACGUUUGGUGGAAGGAUGGGAUGCUUGGUUCCAGGACGAUCUAUCCCUGCUGGAUGAAUUGUGGCCAGAGAAGGGGAAGAACAGCAUGUCUGUUGCAGAACUGUGGCUGGGGUUUUUGUGCUUUUAUGUUGAAGAGUUCAAGUACAAGGAACAUGUAGUCUCCAUACGUCAAAGAAAGCCUCUGACUCGGUUUGAGAAGCUGUGGAAUGGACCAUGCAUCGCAAUAGAAGAUCCAUUUGAUCUGAGUCAUAAUUUAGGAUCUGCAUUGACAAGAACAAUGAACAAUUUCAUCUUCAAAACUUUUAUCAAUGGACGUAUGUUGUAUGGCAGCCCAAUUGAUGAAAAUAUGGAUAUGUUUAAUAAAUACCAAAGACCAUCUGACUAUUUCUUUGACACGGAUUUGCUUUCCGAAUCUCGUCCCCCCAACGUGAGAGGAUGUCGACGCUGUGGCAAGGUUGGCCAUCUUGUCAGACACUGCCCAGCUAUUCUGAAGGAUAAAGAAGAUGAGCAGAAGAGACUGCAGCAGCAACUACAACAGCAGAAGCAACAACAACAACAAAAGCAGGUACAACAGGAAUGGACAA